GCAUUAGAGAGACAGAUCUUUGACUUCCUUGGUUUCCAAUGGGCUCCUAUCCUUGGCAAUUUCCUACAAAUAAUAGUUGUCAUUUUGGGUUUGUUUGGAACCAUCCAGUUUAGGCCUCGAUAUAUAGUCGUGUACACGGUGUGGACUGCCCUGUGGGUCACCUGGAAUGUUUUCAUUAUCUGCUUCUAUUUGGAAGUAGGCGGACUUUCUAAGGAAACCGAUCUCAUGACCUUUAACAUCUCAAUGCACCGCUCUUGGUGGCGGGAACACGGGCCCGGCUGCAUACGAAGGGUGGUGCGUCCUUCUGCCCCUGGCAUCCUAGACGAUUACUCCUACGUCUCUGUGACAGGCUGCAUAAUUGAUUUCCAGUACCUAGAGGUCAUUCACAGCGCUAUCCAAAUACUCCUCUCCCUGAUUGGAUUUGUGUAUGCCUGUUACGUGAUCAGUAUUUUCAUGGAGGAGGAGGACAGCUGUCGAAGUAAGUAAUGAAGGACUCAAGACUUCUGCUGCUGUAGCUGAAGAACCAGAUUUUAGAAGAAAAGACCAACCUUGUGACUCAUCGUUCUGGAAGAAACCCACCAUCCGUUUCUCACGGCAUGUGGAUUGUUCUUCCCACAGGCUCAGUGUCGUUAUCAGCAUUGUUAUUUCGUAGACCCUUGUAGAUGAUCUUGAAUUUUUGAAUAAUUUACUUAUAUGGACACUUGUAAAUUGUAAAUUUUUUCUUUUUUAAUUUCAAUAUUUUUACAACAUUUAGUGUUAAGGCAUGAAAACAAAACAACCUGUGAAAACUAGGAGAAAGGAGCGUCUUUCUCAAAAAAGUCAGUAUUUUUUGACUGAUAGAAUCAUACUGUGCCUGGUCAAGAUUGUGUCAGUGAACAGUAAUUCUGACU